AGAAAAACAAUUUAGAGAAAGGACCCCAUAGUUUUAACACGGUAAUCUGACAAAGCGGUGAGUUUUUUGUCGGGUCGUUGUAAAACAAAACCCACAUCAACCAAUCAGAACAAACGAAAACCGGCAGCAAGGAAGAAAUUCUGAGAGCCAAUAAGAACCUUCUGUGGGCGCAGGAAACAUGGGUGACAACAUGGUUAUGGUUUUUAAUUUGCAUUCAAUUUGUUAAGAGGAUGGCGCAAGUUAUCUACACCGAUCACGAAGCGAAAAAGAGAAAUACCACUUGGCUUUUCGACACCCAAUUUAAAAAUUAUUUGCGAAGAGGAGGCAACUUUCUUAGUACCAAGUGUCAAAACUGAUAACAACUAUCGUCGUGGAUGUCGUUGGUCGGUCGGUUGAUCGCUUGUCUGCUCGUAAGUCCUGUGGUCGGUUUCUCAGUCAGUCGGUGGUUUGCUCGUCAGUCCUUUGGUCGGUUUCUCAGUCAGUCGGUGGUUUGCUCGUCAGUCCUUUGGUCGGUUUCUCAGUCAGUCGGUGGUUUGCUCGUCAGUCCUUUGGUCGGUUUCUCAGUCAGUCGGUGGUUUGCUCGUCAGUCCUUUGGUCGGUUUCUCAGUCAGUCGGUGGUUUGCUCGUCAGUCCUUUGGUCGGUUUCUCAGUCAGUCGGUGGUUUGCUCGUCAGUCCUUUGGUCGGUUUCUCAGUCAGUCGGUGGUUUGCUCGUCAGUCCUUUGGUCGGUUUCUCAGUCAGUCGGUGGUUUGCUCGUCAGUCCUUUGGUCGGUUUCUCAGUCAGUCGGUGGUUUGCUCGUCAGUCCUUUGGUCGGUUUCUCAGUCAGUCGGUGGUUUGCUCGUCAGUCCUUUGGUCGGUUUCUCAGUCAGUCGGUGGUUUGCUCGUCAGUCCUUUGGUCGGUUUCUCAGUCAGUCGGUGGUUUGCUCGUCAGUCCUUUGGUCGGUUUCUCAGUCAGUCGGUGGUUUGCUCGUCAGUCCUUUGGUCGGUUUCUCAGUCAGUCGGUGGUUUGCUCGUCAGUCCUUUGGUCGGUUUCUCAGUCAGUCGGUGGUUUGCUCGUCAGUCCUUUGGUCGGUUUCUCAGUCGGUCGGUGGUUUGCUCGUCGGUGGUUCGGAGGGUUAGUCGGUUGGUUGGUUGCUUUUCCAACGAUGAAAGUUGAAACAUUGAGUCAUUCACUCAAAGCUCAUAAACAUUUUUAUUCGGCUAAAUUCAUUUUUUUCGGACUAUUCGGGAGAAUAAAAGUACUCUACGCGUUGAAAAGUUCAGAAUCUAAUGUCGACGAAAAGACGCUUGAAUAAGUAACAA